CGUAUGGUUAGUCUGAUGUGAAAGGUCACGAAAAUCCUCCCAACUUCCUUUCCUGUUAGCGGUGGCCACAGAACAGCACUAACAUGGGCAAGUUCAUGAAACCUGGCAAGGUGGUAAUGGUCCUCGCUGGACGUUACGCUGGACGCAAAGCUGUCAUUGUCAAGAACAUUGACGAUGGCACCUCAGACCGCCCCUACAGCCACGCUCUGGUCUCCGGGAUCGACCGCUACCCCCGCAAGGUGACCACGACCAUGAGCAAGAAGAAGGUUGCCAAACGCUCCAAGAUCAAGGCCUUCGUCAAGGUGUACAACUACAACCACUUGAUGCCCACCAGGUACUCAGUUGACAUUCCCCUGGACAAAACCGUCGUCAACAAGGACGUCUUCAGAGACCCUGCCCUGAAGCGUAAAGCCAGGAGGGAGGCCAAGAUCAAGUUUGAGGAGAGAUACAAGACAGGCAAGAACAAAUGGUUCUUCCAGAAGCUCCGAUUCUAGGCUCACUUUGGUUUCACAAAUAAAUGUAUAAAAAUGGA